AUGGCAGGAUCAGUGGUAGAGGACCUUGCAAGCUUGCAAACCCCAUCAGAUUUCAACACCACAAUCAUGAAAAACUGUCAAAAAAACCCUUCUCUUAGAUACUGUAACUCCUCAUCUAUAGACCUUAAAGAAAUCUUCAAGUUUACCAUUGUUGCAAGCCAUCUUUGUAAUGAAUCAAAGAACCUGAAUUGUGUCCAUUCUUUCGAUAAGAUAGACCUUCGAAACCGGCCGAGCAUUGCACCACUUUACUUGUCGUACAAUUUCUUCUGGAAAUACUGCCCUUUAACCAUUCUGUCCAUUGAUUUGUCUAACAUUUCUUUAAAGGGAAAUUUUCCAACAGCCAUUCUAAAUUGUACUCAAACCCAGUCUCUUGAUUUGAGCCUUAAUGGCCUUACAGGCGAAUUCCCAAUCGAGAACUUUUCUCCUCUUACUAACCUUACAUUUCUCAACCUGUCUUAUAAUUCUUUUUCGGAGAGUAAAAUCUCAGAUUCCCAGUUUUUCAAAAGGUUUAAUGCUUCAUGUUUUAUUCAUUCUGGCAUCCUUCCGAGUCGCAGGAACUAUACAAUCAAGGCCAUAUUUCUACUAGUUGGAUUCCCGAUCUCUGUGAUUCUAAUGGUGGGUUGCUUUGGAUGGCUGUGUUUUCAAAGGCCGGAUUAUCUACCAAGAAUGCUUCAAAGAAAGCACAAGUUUACACCAUCAAUGCUAAGGGCAGCAACCGACAGGUUUUCGAGAAGAAAUCUGAUGGUGAAGAGUGAAGGAGUGGAGAUUUAUAAGGGCACUUUGCGAGACGAUACUCGAGUCAGGAUUGAGAUUUACAGGGAUAGUAUUUCAAGGGAGAAACGCAAGGAAUUUGUCGAGGAAUGCAUGAUUCUUGUUGAACUAUGCCACAAGAACAUAGUUCAAGUACUAGGUUGGUGUAGUAACAGAAGACAAAGGGCCAUUGUUACAGAAUGGACAGAUGGAGAGACUGUUGAGAUGUGGCUAUCAGGUUCAGGUCCUCCAUGGAAGCAAAGGUUGAAAAUACUAAUUGGAGUAGUGGAAGGCAUGCGUUAUAUGCAGGAACAAUGGCCUGAAGUGGGGUAUGAUCUAAGGACGAACAGUGUGUUGCUCUCUGACAAUCAUGAGCCACUCCUUUCAAGGUUUCAGGUCGGAGAUCGAAACAGCAACAACAAAAAGAUUCACGAGUUUGGAGUAUUUCUGCUAGAGAUCAUAACAAACAGGAGGUCACAGGAAUUCGACAACGGUGAGGCUGAAUUCGUCGAGCACAUCAGAACGAAUUAUCCUGAGAACUUGCACAAUGUGAUCGAUGCAAGAAUGAAAUUGCCAGAAAAUAUGUUUGAUCAAGCUAAACAUGGAAUAGAACUGGGAUUGGUGUGCACUGACCAAUCCAUCAGCAAAUAUCCAAGCCUGAAUCAGAUAUCGCAUAUGAUAAAUAGAGUCUACGAGUCUUGCCUGGAAUUAGCACCCCAGAACCAUAAAAGAUCUCAUGGAGACGGAGGUAAAGGGCACAAACAUGUCCAAUUAAGAUGA